UUAUAUUUAUGUUUUUAAAUUUUGACGGCGGGAGUACUAGCAAACGUAUUUGUUAUUUACGUAAAUUUAUCCUAUACCCAGUUAUUUUUCUAUUAUUGGUGUACGUUAUACGUUGUUACAUAACUUGGUUUUGCAAGUCGAAUGGCACACCGGCAGAAAGACUCAAGAGAAUCAUCGUGGUCCAAAUUUUUCAGUAAAUGGAGUAAACGACGCCGGGAGAAAGACUCAGACAGAGAAUUGGCGUGGUCCAAAUUUUUCAAUAGAUGGACUAAACGGAGUGCAAAAUCAGUGAAUGAAGAUAUUCCUUAUAAAUAUCUUACCGGGCAGACUGCAUCUCUCGACAAGAGAAAAUUGCGUCCAGUUAGAGGCAGUCAACUUUUUAAAAAAUACAAAUAUGGAAAGAUUAACAAAUAUACAGAAGUCCAGAGAAAAGUUCCGAGAAGGAAACGCCCAAAUGUGGCCACUAAUGAUGUUAAUACUGUGUGUGAGAAAUCGCUGCAGCAAUUUCAAGAACUUGGGUCCAAAGAUGGAGAUUCAUUACCAAUUGCAGAUUACCCCGUAUCCAGCAAAUACCACAAAGAGUCUAUAGUGGACAUCAAUGAGGAAAUAAAUACUACCGUAUUUGACCGGUCUCCACACGUAAUUCAGUCACAGCAGAACCACCAAGAUGACCAUGUAUCCAGCAAGUGCCAGAAAGAGUCUCCAGUGGAUGCCAGUGGGAAACCAAAUACUUCCAUUUUUACUUGGUCUCUUCUGCAUGCAACUCGAUCACAACAGAACCAUCAAGAAGGGUAUAAAUAUGAAGAAGAUGAGUUAUCCCCUAUUUUCAAAAAGCCCAGACUGCUUGCUGAAUGUAUAAGGAAAUUCGAAACGGAUACUGGUGACCAGGAUGUUGACACGCCAGUGAAGAGGAAGAAAGAACAUUAUAAGAGGAGGAGGAAGUGGAGGAGGGUAACGAGUGAGACAGUUUGCAAGCAUGAAAAUGAAGAUACAGCAUCUUUCUCCAAGCCACGAAAAUGCAUGGUUGAUGAACUGGCUACUGUGAAUUGCUGUUUGAAAAAGGAUGUUUCAAUAAGUGUUUCUGGCCCAGAAGCUUCCAAAUUAACGAAACCUCAAGUUUGCAAACAUGAAGAUGAAGACUCAACAUCCUUCUCCAAGCCACGAAAAUGCAUGGAUGAUGAACUGGUUAGUGUGAAUUGCAGUUUGAAAAAGAAUGUGUCAAUAAGUGUUUCUGGCCCAGAAGCUUCCAAAUUAUCGAAACCUCAAGUUUGCAAGCAUGAAAAUGAAGAUACAGCAUCUUUCUCCAAGCCACGAAAAUGCAUGGUUGAUGAACUGGCUACUGUGAAUUGCAGUUUGAAAAAGGAUGUGUCAAUAAGUGUUUCUGGCCCAGAAGCUUCCAAAUUAACGAAACCUCAAGUUUGCAAGCAUGAAAAUGAAGAUACAGCAUCUUUCUCCAAGCCACGAAAAUGCAUGGUUGAUGAACUGGCUACUGUGAAUUGCAGUUUGAAAAAGGAUGUGUCAGUAAGUGUUUCUGGCCCAGAAGCUUCCAAAUUAACGAAACCUCAAGAUCACAAAAAUGGAUGUGAAGAUAAUUUAUUGGCCUCUGUGCAAGGAGAAUUUAUGCUUAAUGAACUGGAUAGACAAAAAUACAGUUUGAGAUCUGAUCUAACUUCAGAUAGUUCUCACUCACAAGUCUCUAGAACAGCAAAUUUUCAAGGUCAUAGAAAUGGGUGUGAAGAUCAGAUACCAUCCUCAGUGCCAGGAGAGUGCAAGCGUAAUGGAUUGGGUGGACCAAAUUUCAGUGUGCAAACUAAUGUAGCUACAAAUAAGUCUGAUUCAAAAAACUGUAAGCUAUCAAAGGCCCAUGGUCAUAGAAAUGGAUGUGAUGAUAAGAUACCGCCUUCAAUGCCAGGAGAGUGCAUGCAUAAUGGAUUGGAUGGACCAAAUUCCAGUGUGAAAACUAAUGUAGCUACAAAUAAAUCUGAUUCAAAAAGCUGUAAGCUUUCAAAGGCCCAGGAUCAUAGAAAUGGAUGUGAAGAUAAGGUACUGCCCUCAGUGCCAGGGGAAUGCAUGCGUAAUGGAUUGGAUGGACCAAAUUCCAGAGCGAAACCUAAUGUAGCUACAAAUAAAUCUGAUUCAAAAAGCUGUAAGCUUUCAAAGCCACAGGGUCAUAGAAAUGGGUGUGAAGAUCAGUUACCACCCUCAGUGCCAGGAGAGUGCAAGCGGAAUGGAUUGGGUGGACCAAAUUUCAGUGUGCAAACUAAUGUAGCUACAAAUAAAUCUGAUUCAAAAAGCUGUAAGCUUUCAAAGCCACAGGGUCACAGAAAUGGAUGUGAAGAUAAGGUAUUGCACUCAGUGCCAGGAGAGUGCAUACAUAAUGGACUGGAUGGACCAAAUUCCAGUGUGAAAACUGAUACAGUUACAAAUAGUUCUCACUCACAACACUCUAAACUGUUAAUGUCUCGAGAUUAUACAUAUUAUCGAAAAAGAACUAAGAAGAAACCUUGGCCGUAUAUUAUAGUGGAAAGUGACACCGAUGAAGAUGAAUAAUAAUUCAACAAAAUUUAUGGUGAUAUUCAACUGCUGCUGUCAUUGAAGAAUUGUUUCCAUCCAGUAAUACAAAAGAUGGAUGUGUAUGCCUUUGUGAUAGUUCCAAGACUACAAAGACUGCAGGAGCUGUGAAAGAGAUUGAAAUCAGUUUUUAAAUGUGGUUUCUGGUAAAGGUCAUUACGAGAAAUCUUUCAAACAUUUCUACGUACUUUGUGAUAACCACAGAAACAAGGACAUAAUGAAUAAUGACAGUAGGAACUUCAAUUUGAACUUUCUGCUGUUUAAAAAUGAUAAUAUAUUGGAGAAUAAAACCUCAUGUUUAUUUUAUGGUUGUAUAUUGACUUGAUACAGUUUUGUUUUUAAACAUUACCAUUGAAUGACUUUUAACUGAAAAGUAACACCUCAGUUAUAUGAAAGAAUAGUUCUUGAAGUUAACAGUUGGCAUUCCGUUCACUUAAAUAAUAUGACAGCAUCUGAUUUUGCUUAUCAGUACUUGACAUAUUCAGAUUAUAUUUGAUUGUGUGAUAAUCACAAGAAAACCAAACUGUAGACACAAAAAAAAAACUGUUCCCCGUGACUUUGUUGCUGGUACUAACAUGUGUUCACUGCUGCAAAACUAGACUUCAUAGUAGGCUUGUGAACAUGCACAUUUAUCAGUGUCACACUGGUUUGUUGGUUGUGGAAGUGGUUACAAGAGUGAGCUACUCUGGACUAGUGGACUUGUUUUUGGACUUGUGUUGACAUUUAUAAGUACCAGCUGCAACGAAUGUCCUAAAAUGUUCGUGUAGACAUGCUGAAUCUUCCGUCCACAAUUUUUUACUUUAUUCUGAAAUAUUAUAUGUGUAUAGCACUUAAUUUUUGAAACAUUUGUACCAUAAAUAUUAGGCUCAUCAAGGCAUGUAUAGUUUAUAAACUUAUAAUUUUUUAGGUACAAAACAGUAACAUAUGCCAGUGACAUCUGCUUAUCAUUGCAGAUAUUUUAUAAAAGUUUUACAUGUGCAUUAAAUGCAUUAACAUUUCUCCAUGUGGUAUAAUUUUUAUGUAUUUCCAAUAUGUACAAAUUGGGAUUUUGUGUUAAUAAAACCCUUUUAUUACAUAA